AUGGCUGACCACAACGGUUCUGAUGGCCUUGAUCCUCAGCACGAGCUGGAGAUCAUCAAGCAUCAUAUCUACUUUGAGCAGAACGUCCCGUCUUCCCCCCCAGCCCAAGAAUGGAGAAGCUACACCGAGCUCCCUACGAGUCAAGAUCUAAACCCCGACUGGGAUGACCAAGAGCAGCUGGAUAAGAUACGAAAUCUUUUACCUAACACAUGGCAGCAGCCAUGGGAAAGUAAGAAUACUUACCUUGAGACUCACUACCGCCUUCAGAGAGAGGAAGGAAUCACCAUGCUCCGCCACUCUAUUAGAAAGUUUAAGGAUGACCCGACAAUGAUGGACGACGGAGAGACAUGUAUCUAUACAAAAGUGUUUGUCAGGGGCUAUCUCAUGACCCGCCUCGGUCCCAUGUGUCAAGUCCAGUUUUCGACGGAGAGAUCCGGCAAGAAGAUACGCUGGACCCAAACCCGACGGCUCACUGUUGGAACCUUAGUUGCAAUAUCAACUGCCAAAGAUCGUUUCAAGACUAUUUGUAUGCCUGCUGUCAUAUCAGAACACCGCAUCAGGGACGGUCUCGACCAAAACCCGCCCACGAUUUACUUCCAAUGGGCUAAUAUUAGUGAUGCUAUUAUGGACCCAAACCAAGAACUUGUUAUGAUAGAGACGCGCUUGGGUUAUUUUGAAGCUGUUCGUCAUAGCAUGGUUGGCUUACAGCACGUCGCCACUACAGAGACGCCGCUCGAUAAGUACUUGGUUCAGGGGGACAAGAGCGACCUCUGCGCAAAGUAUGUUAAAGACGAUCCAUACCGCGACGUUACGUCUCUCGUGCAUCACAUCCCAGAAUCCUCAUCGAUGCUAGAGAGUGAGAGACACGCAAAGGCGGCCGAGGUGUGUGAGCCACUUAGGCAUUACUCCGUCCUGGAUGGAUUUGACAGCCAGCUUUCUCGGUAUACCAACUUGGACAACUCUCAGCUCAGUGCCGUACAUCGCAUUCUUACCAAGGAGUUGGCUAUUGUCCAAGGUCCUCCCGGGACUGGAAAGACAUUUACGUCAGUGCAGGCCCUACGGAUCCUCCUGGAAAGUCAAAAGAGAGGCAGCAACGCCAUUAUUGUGGCAGCCCAAACGAACCAUGCGGUAGAUCAAAUUUUGAUCCAACUGAUUGAUGCUGGCUUCAAGGUUGUCCGGCUUGGCGGAAGAACUCAAAAUGAAGAAAUCAAACGCUACAGCAUGUAUAACCUGAGGCAACGUGCGCGGGCCGAGCUGAGCCAACGCGCAGAUAGAGACUACAGGACAUUUGAGUCGGCACGCAAAAGGAAUGUCACAGAGUUGGAAAAGAUCGUCGACGUUGUCUUCCCAGACAAUUUGCUUGACCCAGAAGUACUAAGAUCCACAGGUGUGAUAACAGACAGUCAAUUCGAAUCCCUUCGUGCCGAACAAGAAUGGGGCGACACACCAUUGUCACAAGAUCAACCUUCAGGCCUGUUAGCGGAGUGGCUGGGGAGUCAACUCGCGCAAGCGAGGCAGCCGGGAGAGAAAGACCCCGAAUUUGAAGCAUUCGAGGAUAAUGAUAGUCUCGACGCAGACUUGGAAGAUUACGAUAUGGAACUCGACGACUGCGUUGAAGACGAGGACGAAAGCAUUGGCCACAUAGAUGGCAAGUUCCUACCGACCAUGCACCUGUGGACAGGUUCCAAUUCGCAAAAUUAUACGGAAUAUGACCUUGUGGUCCGCCGAGAUCUUCAGAAGCCGAAUUUAUGGGACAUAGAUGUUAAGCAUCGCGGAGCGGUCUAUCAGUUUUGGCAGAAGGAGCUGUUGUUGCGGCAUCGUCAAAAGUUUUGCGACUUACUUGCCGAUAAUGUCCGCAUCACGAAGAAUCUCAAGGUAAGCCGCUGGUACAAAGAUACGCAGUGCAUCAAAUCGCAACAAAUCCAAGUCAUAGGAUGUACUACCACGGGCCUGUGCAAAUACCGUGGCUUGCUAGCUGCCUUACGGCCACGCACCAUGCUAAUCGAAGAGGCAGCUGAGACGCGGGAGGCGAAUAUUCUUUCGGCGUUGUACGGGUCGCUAGAGCAGCUUAUACUAGUUGGCGACCACCAACAAUUGGCUCCCCAUUGCGACACACCCGGCCUGGGACAGGAGCCGUACAAUAUACGGAUAUCUAUGUUUGAACGUCUUGUUUAUCUUAAUAUGCCCUUCACGGUCCUCAAUAUGCAGCGGAGAAUGAUUCCCGCGUUGCGCGAGGUAUUGAACGAAUUCUAUCCGGACCUUCAAGAUCAUCCCGUGGUCACUCAAAGUCAUUCUAGGCCACCAAUUCCUGGUAUGGCUGUUCCCUCGUUCUUUUUCCACCAUACUUGGAUGGAGGGCCAGGACGAGAACCUGAGUAGCUUUAAUAUCUUAGAGGCGGAAAUGAUAAUCCACUUCAUAGACUAUCUCCUCAUGAACGGUACGCCAGCGAGUCAAAUUACCGUUUUGACGUUUUACAGAGGUCAAAAGAAGAAGAUCAUAUCCCAGUUCAAGAGCCAAAUGAAACGAUGGGCUCCGUUUACGAAUGUUUUCACUGUGGAUUCGUACCAAGGAGAAGAAAACGACAUAGUGAUUUUGUCUUUGGUGAGAAGUAAGGGUCAGGACGGGCCUCAUCAGGCAGGUUUCCUCCAAGAUGAGAACCGUGGCGUAGUCUCGAUUAGUCGAGCUCGCCGGGGCUUUUACGUCUUUGGAAACAUGAUUAAUCUAUCAUCAGCUAGUCGGCUAUCGUAUAACAUGUGGGGAAAAGUUCAGCAGGUUUUCGUGAAGCAGGGUCGGUUUGGAGGCAACAGUCGUCUCCCGAUAACGUGUCAAAAGCAUCACAGGACGGUAUGGAUGUCGCACCCGGAAGACUGGGUUAACUGCCACGGUGGAUGCGAUUUGAAGUGUCCGGAUGAGCUUGAUUGUGGCCAUGCAUGCGGGCGUAGAUGCCAUUGGGCAACCCAUGACAAGCUGAUCUGUCCCCAGCCGUGCGAACGAAUCCUCCUAUGCGGUCACCGGUGUCAACAGAUCUGCGGCGAAAAAUGUUACUGUACUUGCGCCGAAUUUACCGGAGCGUAUCCUCACGAUGAGUUCCUACCCGAAAACGAGACCCUCAAUGUUGAGGAGCCUAUCAUAGGUUACAACAGAGCCCAUGUGGCGCCAUUCAUAAGUCAAGACCAACGCCGAAUGGGUGCAGCGAUGAGCGGCAGAGGUAAUAAAAAAGGGUUCGGCCGAGGUGGUCGACGUGGCCAUGAUUCCAGACCUGGGCUUGGAUAUCACGGCGGGCAGGGUAAGGCUCUCGGGACAGAGUUUACUGAAGCCGCUUUACCGCUCUUGUCGGAUACGAAAGGAUAUCGAUGGUCCGACUUUGAUGCAAAUAUGGACGACGAAAAGAGAUGCAGAGAGACUAUCGCGGGGUCCUCAAGCCCACUCAACGCAAUUUCGAUUCAAGACACUUAUAGACCGGUAACCUUAGACAAUCAAGGGUUACGCAACGUCGGAAAGAGUGUCAUUGCUAGGACUUCACCGUCCCCAAAGAAGGGUAGCGAUGAUCUCCUUACUUCCGACGACUAUGCAAAAAUUCUUCCUAGCACCCGUUCGUUGGAUAUCGGUAACGAUGAUAUGCGGGCGAAUACGUUCGAUAGAAUCACAGCAGCCGAACACUCAAAGACGCUCGCUAGUCCCACUAUCCUCCAGCAACAGAACAUGGAUGUAACAACUCCGCGGUUGCACGCGGGAGAGGCCACCUUCGGUUCGCAUCUGUAUUCUCGGGGAAGUUCGCGGCCCUCUCGCAUUAUGAGUCUCCCUGAAGAACGCCAGGCUGACAAGCCGAAAUGGAAAUCAACCCCUCAUGGAAAGGCAAGCCCUGUUGCAAGAAUAACCAGAGAGAACGUGAAAGAUGAUGCUGUUGUGGGAUCUGGUAGUGGUGGCACUAAAGAAGGAGACUUGAUUAAUCUUUAG